AUGGAGGAGGGUAUCAGCGGCGGCUUUCUACUCAUCAGGAUUGUGUGGCAGGCAGAGAACCAGCUUUCGGUUCUCUCCUUUGGUGAUGGGAGUGGUGGUGCUUCCUGGGGUUGGUCAAAGGAUGUGCUUACAUUCGCAAUCUCAUGGACAAAUGUGAUGGUGGGGAAAUGGCAUAAGUGGAUUCUUUCGCUGGUAUACAAGGUUUAGUGAAGUGAUGGGUUAUGCAAAGGAACAGAUUUUUGUGUAUUUCUUCCCUCUCUCCUAUUUACAAUCACUGUAUUUCAGAUCAGGUUUCCUGUGGUAUUGUAUUUGGGAUAAUUUUGGUAACCUCGAAGGUGUUAACGUGAAGUUAGGGAUACGACUUAUUCUGUUUUGGGUGAUUAAGGAAUAUGUCUAUUGGUAUUGGUUCUCAAUUACCUUAUGUAUUACUCAGAGGCUUGGGGAGUUUAUGGACUGGUGGUGUAUUAUGAGGAUUUAGGAUUGUGUUAUGGAGUUUAUGGAAUUGUGGAAUUGUGUGUAUCUUGUUUGGAUCCAACUGUUAUUAAUAUUACUAGGUAUUUACCCGCUGCGGGAUAUUUUUCUAAAUGUUGUC